AAACAAUGUACACAUAUGCACAUGGAGAAUCUGCUCAGAGGUGUUCACCUGCAACGCAGCUGCUAUAGAGCUAUUGAUGCAGGAGGAAACACAAGCGAGAUGUCUGCGCUCCGGUGGCUUGCGGUGGCUUCAUCAUCAGCACCACAAGAGCAGCAGAGAAAUCGACCAACCGACCAAUCGAGCAACCUUCAGAAAUCGACUGAAGACACAUCACUUUCAUUUACACCUGACCUUGCAUUGCUACCACUUACUUUUUCUCUUAUUCUGUUCUUUCAUAAUGUUUCCUUUAUAUAAAAAAUAACCACGCCUCAUGUACUGUGUUAGGUUGCCCGAGACAAGAUUCAGAGCAAUUAUGUACUGCUGCCCUUUUGUUGAUGUGAUUGCUUCCACCUCAUUUGUAAAUCGCUUUGGAUUAAACCGUCUGCUAAAUGUAAAUGUACUUAUUACUACCAGCCAAAGGGGUCCAAAAAAAACCGCUGCGGUUAGCCGGCCAUUCUUUGGCCGGCUAAUCGCACGGGUUUUUUUGGCGCUCUACAGAUUGGUCCUGUUUUUUUGGGGCUGCCCGGACCGUAGCGGUGAACCGGAGGAACCGGAGGUUCACCGCGGACAAAACAGCAGGCGUCCUCGGAUGCCAGCUGUGGAGUCCGCGGGGAUGCCGGUUCACCUUAUUUCGGAUUUCACCGCCAUGGAGGCCUUCACCAGCAGCUUGCUGAGUUUCCCAGAAGUGACGAUAGACGCUCUGGGAGAGGAUGAAGUUACGCUUGACUCCGUACUGCAUGGAAGAUUUACUGUUGGAAAGAGUGGACUGGCCUGGCUUGCUUGCGGGCCCCAGUUGGAGGUGGUCCAUGCAGUUACUGGCGAGCGUGUCUCCGCUUACCGCUUCAGCGGGGUGUCCGAGGAUCCGCCCACGGUGUUGGCCGUGCGGGAUUUCUGUUGGCUAAAGCGAACAGGGCUUCUCGUGGGUCUGGAGGAAGGUGAAGGCAGUAUGUUGUGCCUUUAUGAUCUUGCCAUCUCCCGUGUUGUCAAGGCUGUGGUCAUACCUGGCAAGAUAACAGCCAUUGAGCCCUUGGUUAGCUAUGGAGGGGCCAGUGCCAGCACACAGCAUCUGCAUCAGAGUCUACGUUGGUUCUUUGGAGUUGCUGCUGUGGUAACAGAUGUCGGUCACGUUUUGCUGGUUGACCUCUGUCUGGAUGACCUGUCUUGCAGGCAGAGUGAACUGGAAGCCUCAGAUUUGGAAGUGGUCUCUCCCUCUGAGAUCCCACGCUUUAGAGAGGGUGCGAUUCAGCAGGGCAGACACCUGUGCCUGCAGCUCAGCAGCCCCACAGAUACAGGGGUAACAGCGCUGCAGUAUAUACAGCGGACCAACCAGCUUGCUGUAGGCUUUGCUGAUGGCUACCUGCAGCUCUGGAACAUGAAGACCCUCAAAAAAGAAUAUCACUCACGGCUAGAGGGUGGCAGAGUGCCCGUCUACGCGUUCACGUUCCAGGAACCAGAGAAUGAUCCCCGAAACUGCUGCUAUUUGUGGGCCGUGCAGUCAGCACAGGAUCAUGAGGGGGAUGUGGUUAGCCUUCAUUUAUUACAGCUGGCCUUUGGAGAGAGAAAGUGUUUGGCCUCAGGGAAAAUUAUCUAUGAGGGUCUAGAGUAUUGUGAUGAGCGAUAUAGUCAGGACCUGAAUGGCACGGCGUUCCCACUCAGGGCUCAAACUACUAAUACUCGUUUGAUCGGCUGCCAGACUAUAGAGAAGUUUCGUCACCAUCCUGAUCGCGAUGACAGCAUGAAUGAAGCGGCAUCUCCGGAUACAAGCGUAUCAAUUUUUAGCUGGCAAGUCAAGCCUUACGGACAAAGCCAGCCAUCUACCUUCAUUGGUGUUUUUGAUAUUAACAGAUGGUACCAUGCUCAGAUGCCAGACUCACUAAGAACGGGUGAAUCUUUGAGAAAUUGUCCUUAUCUGGCAGUGUGGUCUCUUGACUCUGUGGUAGAGAUGACUGCUUCCUGUCCUCUGAUGGACCUUAUUGUUCAUGAACGCAGUCUAAGUAGGGGCCUGCCUUACACCUGCCCCCCACCAGAGCAGUUCUUUAAUCCCACAACCUACAACUUCGAUGGAAGUUGUUUGCUUAAUACUGGAAUUGUGCACUUUACUUGCUCUGGUCAUCAAAAAGAGACUCUGAGCUACUUGAAGAAGCUGGCUCCAAGUUUGGGCGACAGCAUUACUAAUGGAUACCCGCGCUGCCUUAUGUCUGGUCUCCUGUCCUCUCGUCUUGCUGAUGUCCAGCCCUCUAGCCUCUCACAGGAAGAGCAACUUGAUGCCAUCUUAUGCACCGCUGUAGAGACGAGCUCCUUGGGAUUCAUCACUGGCUGUAUUAAACAGUGGACCACUGAGGAGCAAGCGGGGGCAGCCGUGAAUUUGCGCUAUAUACUGGAGUGGGCCUGGAACAAGGUUGUGCGCACCAAAGAAGAGCUGGAUGAAAUAUCUUCUCCAGUCUUUGACAGCUUCAAAAAUUUCACAGAUCCACAAACACUUCAGCUCCUACAGCACAGUCAACGCUUGCUGGCAAACCUCAGCACCAUCUUCCAUUGUUUGCUUAAUGAUGCACAGGAGCUCACACAGAAAGGGUUGGUUGGACUCAUGAACAAAUGCAUGGUGUCCAGUUUGAUUAGUCAGUAUGCUCAGGUGGUUCUUUGGUUCUGCCGUACCGGCCUCCUUCCAGAGGGCACUGAUGAUGAUGUCCUGCAAAUAUCAAGGCCCUUUUACAGUCAUUCUAUUAUAAAGAACUACUACGUUAGCCAAAGGGAAGAGCUGCAGAGACUUGCCAAGGAUAAGUGGUGUGCGGACUGCCUAAUGAUUGACGGUCUGGUAAGGCAGUGUGGGGAGCGUCUUGUUGAACUCUGGAGAAGGGAUGAGGGUGGAACUGGACAGUAUCCUCCCCCGACACUUCAUGCAUUGCUUGAUAUAUAUCUUCUGGAAAACGUUGAGGAGUCUGCCAAACAUGCUAUUGUUAUUUAUUUGCUACUGGAUGUGAUGUACUCAUUUCCCAAUAAAAGUGGUGCGUCAGUGGAGUCUUUUCCCACCGCAUUUGGUAUUCCCAUUGGUUUAGUCAAACUGGUACAAGGCCUGUGGUUGCUGGAUCAUCAUGAUCAUGAGAGCGCUCUGGAGCUGCUCUUGCAUCCAGCCACCAGUCACUCACUUUGGAGCUGGCAACAUGAGCGUGUCCUGCAAGCUUUGAUGUGUCAGCAGAAGCACACUCUUGCUCUACGCUACUUGCAUGUGAUGAAGCCUCCACUGUGCACUACCAGCCAAGCCAAGCUUUCCCUUUCAGUCCUGCUCCAUAACAGGUGUAUUGUGGAGGCAUGGGCGUUGUUAAGGCAGCGCUGUAAUAAGUUAAACAUGGAAGAGCUGAUGAAGUUUCUCUUCAAUACGUGCCAGGAGCUAGGUCUGAUGAAAGAGCUACUGAAUCUGCCACUUGGCAUGGAAGAACAGGAGUGUUUGGAACGAUUCCUUAAAAACUCUGGAGGUUUCCAGAGUCUAGAGCUGCUAAUGGUCCACUACCUCCAGCAGGCCAAUUAUGUUUCUGCCCUUAAAGUCAACCAGACCCUCAUAAUGAACCUUGGAGUAUGUUUGGAUCCACGCCCCAGAGAGUCAGAGUAUCUUCCCUCGCCAAAUCUACCAGAGCCCUUUGUGGAACCAGUGGAACAAGAACCUAAGAACAGUGAGGAGGAAUCUAUGGAAACAUCAGCAAUGUCAAGCAAGGACUGUGUGAAAGUGGCAGUCCGAGUCAGGCCCUUUAAUAAGAGGGAACGGGAUGCAGGUAGUCGCUGUAUUAUCUCCAUGACCUCCAACAACAUCAGCAUUCAAGAUCCACGCAACCAACCCAACAGCCGCACCUUCACUUUUGACUACGCUUACUGGUCCCACAGUGGCUUCACCAGAAACAAAGAUGGUCUGUUUGUACCUGAAGAGACAGGUGGGCGCUACGCAGAUCAGGCAAAUGUGUUUCAGGGUUUGGGUCAGGGUAUCCUUGAUAAUGCACUGCAGGGCUAUAAUGCCACAUUAUUGGCAUAUGGACAGACGGGCUCUGGAAAGAGUUACUCCAUGGUUGGUUAUGGUCCAAAUAAAGGCCUGAUACCCACUCUCUGUGAAAGACUCUUUCAGUUUUUCAGGAGCACACAAGACAGCAGGCAAUGUCAGGUGUUUUUCAGCAUGUUGGAAAUUUACAACGAACAGGUUAUAGAUCUCCUAUCAAAGGCCAGCCGAUCUUCUGGUGGUCUUCGGGUACGAGAGGACCAGCAGAGGGGUUUCUACGUGGAGUGUUUGAGGCGGGUGCCCUGUGACAAUGCUGUACAGGUGGAGCAGCUGAUGGAGCAGGGAACACGCACCCGAACCACUGUGGCCACGCACAUGAACGCCAACAGCAGUUGCUCACACAUGCUCAUCAUCGUCCAACUCAAACAGAUAUUCUCAAAGGAGUGCAUCACCAAACAAUCUAACAUUAACUUGUUGGACUUGGCUGGCAGCGAGAGACAAAGGUCAUCGGGGUCAGAAGCUGACAGGCUUAAGGAAGGGACAGCUAUAAAUCUCAGUUUAACAACCCUCGGAAAUGUCAUUAGUGCUUUAGCAGACAUGGCUCUUGGGAAGAAGGUGGUUCAUAUUCCAUACAGGGACUCCAUCCUUACCAAACUAUUGCAGUCCGCCCUCGGUGGCAACAGUCGAACGGUCAUGAUUGCAACUUUAAGCCCUGCUGACAUUUGCUAUGAAGAGUCGCUCUCUACACUUCGAUAUGCAGAGAGGGCAAAGAGAAUCCAGAAUCGAGCUGUGGUGAAUGAAAGUCCUACAGAACGCUUAGUGAAGGAACUCAAAGCAGAGAAUGCCAAACUGCUGUUGAGACUGAGCCGACUGGGUCAAGAAGGUCGCAGAUCAGAUGAUGAAACGAAGGAGCUGCGACGAUUGCUGACUCAUAAUGAGCUGCAGAUCAGAGCUAUUCAGACAUUGUGGGAACAACAUCUUCAGGAGGCUCUCAAAGACUGGGAAACGCAGUAUGCCACUAUAACACAGGAACGAAGGAUGAUGCAGAUGCAUCCGUACAUAAUGAAUGUCAAUGAGGACGCUCAGCUGUCUGGCGUGGUAAAGCUUUUUAUUCAGGAUGGUGAUUGGGAUAUAGGUCUGGCAGAUAACUCACCUAGAGCUCUUUCCAUUAGGGGUUUAGGCAUCCAGGACAAACAUGCUGUGUUCUCGAAUCACCAAAGGAAAGUAUCGAUUACACCCGUCUCUGGAUCUAAGGUCAUUGUGAAUGGGAUGUCUGUAUCAAAGAUCACAGAGCUGCAGCAUUUGGAUCGACUCGUCCUUGGUUCGAACAGCACUUACCUGUUUAUUGGCUUUCCUUCGGAGCGUUCGGUAGAGGACUGGAGCCGAUACGAUUAUGACUACUUUCAGUCUGAGCUCGCGGCGGCUGAGGGCAUCCACAUUCAGUCUCUGUGUGAUGACCAGGGCCAGAAGCCGAACCAGACUGAUCCCAGUCUCCUGGCUGUCUUCUAUGACUACAUAAAACUGAUGCCCAUGGUGACCGAAGCAAAUCAAAUGAGUAAAGAGUUAAAAAAGGGAGUUGAAUUUAAAUUGGAAAUAAAGAACUUGGCGAUGUCAGACUCUAAGGGUCACGAUCUAGAGAAGGAAAUUGCUGUGAGAGUGACGUCUGUGGAGAGCAAGCAGGUAUGGAUGUGGUCCAAGGCUAAGUUUGUAAACCGCAAGUUUUUGAUGGAAGAGGUGUACCAGCAGGAAGUGGUUGGAGGUGAGGGGGCAGAUAGAGCCCCUCUUCCCCGGGACAGAGAUCCGUUCUGGGACCCACUUGAACCCCUGCACCUGGGCAGUGCUCACCUGUGGCUGCAGUCUCUGGCGUUUCGCAUACCUCUGGAGGAGCAGGUGGAAGUGGUGGGACCAGAGGGAACAGAAGAGGCUAUACUACAGGCACAGUUAGUGCCCUGUAGCCCCAUGGGAUUGCCUCUGGGUGAAGACGACAUCCUUAUUGACCCAUCAGAGCUUCUUGGGAAGCGGUUGGAUUUUCAGUUGGUUUUAGAUCAGUGUUGUGGCCUGCGUUGGGUCAAAGAGGCCCGAAACAGAGGCGUGCAAAUCGGGUUCCAGAUGUUUGACUGUCCACAGCCUCUGUACUCUCCAGCAGUGUGGCACAACGUGAACCCAUUGCUAGAUCACCGAGUUCAGUUUACUGCACGGAGAACCUCACAGGAACUCUUAAACUACUUACAGAGCAAUGCCCUUGUGCUGGAGCUGUGGGGCCUGCAGGAGGGGUGUUCUGAGUUAGUCUCCUUUAUGGAUGGGGUGAAGAUGGCCCAAGAAGAAGACAGCAUUAUUAUAGACAAGAUCAGUGCAUCAGAAAACUUGGCUGUAGAAACCGGAGGAUCUCACCUAAGUUCAUCUCUGCGUGCCCUUCAUCAGGACCUGGAACAGCUGAGGAACGCUAAUGCAGCACUGAGGAAAGAAAACAGCGCUCUAAGAGACCAGCUUCAUUCAGCCAAAAAUGGUGUGGAAAAUAACCGCGGUCGACACGAUAGAAGAGGCAGCUGCGAUGCUGAAUUCGCCAAAGCCUUAAAAGUGUUUUACCACGGCAUGACUUCCGUCAGAGGACAGCUACAGCGGCUGCGCAGACACAAACCCAGCGAAGAAGCAGAUCUGCUGGGUCUCAGACUGUUUGUGGAUGAACAUGCGUAUCUCCUAAAGGACUUUGCCGAGCAGCUGGAACAGUGUGUCACGACUCUUAAACAAGAUGUGGCUGCUAUUGUGCGCAGAAAGAGAGAGAAGUCAGGGAUUUGGUCGUAACUGCUUAAAGUACAUCUGUAGUCGGUAAUUUUAUCAUUUAAAACUCAUUUUUGAGCAUCAUGAUAGCGUAUGUAAAAGUUUUUUCAUGUGACAGUAAUUUCUUCUUGCUUUAAAACGGCUUGAAUGUAACUCUAAACUAUGCCUUAUUUAAUAUACACGGAGCUAUGAAUAUGCGAAUUAGUAACCGACUCAGACCAUAGAUAUAUUUGUAAAUAGAUGCUACAUUCUGCAGUUUCUAACACAUAACUGUUAAAUCCGUAUUGAUUACUCAAACUCCUGAUCCACUCGUUCAACUGUGAUUGGUUACAUGUUUCUGACGUUUAAAACAAGGGCAAUUAUAAACCCCUUUUUUGAGAAAAUUUUAUAGAGAAAAUACUCAUACUGAUGAAUUUGCACAUGGUUUGUCUUUAAGUAUAUUAAAACACCACAAAGAUACAUAAACAAUAAAAACUAUUUUUUUCCCAAGGGAACUUAAACCUAUCAGCCCAAAUGAACCUGUGUAGACCUAUGAGCAUGCUUAUUGUUGAUUACAAGAUUUACCCGAUUUAAUUUUUUCAGUUGGGCAAAUAUUUGCUUGCCUUCUGGAAUCAUUAACACACUGAUUUAAAAAAUCUUAAAAUAUGUUCAGAGUGGGAAAAUAUUAACUAUUUUUUAAACAGAAGUAUAUAGUAAUGAUUAAAUAGCAGACAGUUAACUCUUUCGCCGCCAUUGACGAGAUAUCUCGUCAAUCAAGAGAAAACGCUUCCAUGCCAAUGAUGAGUAUUUCCGGCUUUCCGCAAUACCGCAAUUAUCCAUCAGGUGGCGCCCUUCCGCAACUUUUUAAACCCGGAAGUAUUGCCUCUGGCAAGCGGCUGCAUGUCCGUGUCUGUUUUAAAGAUCACUCUGAAUGGGAUCUCUAUGAAAAGUCCGUCACAAAAAUGGAAUUAUCUAUUUGCUCAAAAUGUGGUGUUUUUGCAGAAACCUACCCAUAUUCAAAAGCUGACUACAAAAGAACUACUGAAGGUAGGAUGAA